UACUUCAAUUUUGAUUGGUGUCUCCCCACGAGCAAGAAAAUAAUUCAACUUUCUUACGUUCACUUUUCCACGUGGAUUAUGAGCAGUUAAAAAGGGUGUUUAUUAAAAUUAUUCAUAUUAUGAAUUAUUAAUUUUAUAAACAAAAAUAGACACUUUGAUAAUAUUAUUACGCAUUCUUUUAUAAAAAUAUAUGAUUCUUAUUAUAAAUUAGCUGUGAAACAUUUUAUUAAUCAUAAUUAAAUUCUCUUAUUUAUUUCUAUUUAAUGCAAAAUGAAUAUCUUUAUAAUAAUUCUAUUUCCAGCCCAGUUCUUUCCUUUUUCAAAAUAAUUUAAGAAGGCAGCCUAGUCAAUCCAUGCAACAGAUCAAUUUUUCCAGAAGUCGUCAUUGUCACUUUAAAAUCGUAAUUUGGAGUUGAGCGAGCACGCCAUGCAUUCGAACUGCAUGAACUAAUUCAUACAGUAACUGUAGAGAGUUCUCGGUUGGUUCCCUCGCGUUAAAACCUUAUGCAUAUGUCCUAUGUGUGUAUAUAUACAUACAUAUAAAUAAAUAUUUAUGUAUAUAGAUAUAGAUAUAGUUUCGGCUGUGAAUUUACAAAACAAAUCGAAACCAGCGUUGCAUCUUUCCCUCCGACGCAAGGGCAUUUUGGUAACUUCGCAUAAACUCCUCUCCACAAGAACUCAAAGCGCCACUGGCUUCUUGAUUGGGAAUCAAACUUAGAAACUAACAUCAAUCAAGAAGCCGUGGAGGAUUCGUGAUUCCCUUGCAGGUUUAUCCAACAAUGGCUUCCAUAGUAUUUAACAAGAACAACAAGAGGAAAAACAGGAUCAAUUCAGAAAAUCUCUUCGAGUUCAAGAACUUCGCUGCUCCAGGCUCCGUCGACAAUCCCCUGCCCGGGGCGUUCAGGGAUAACAUCCGUGUUUUCCUUCAGAAUUCGUCGGAAAUUGAGGAUUACACCGUGAACGGUAUGCUGGUUUGGUGUACUCCCUGCGUCGCUGGAGAUAAUGGCGUUUUCCCGCUCUAUACUAUUGAGGAAACGGUUCAGAAUUCCGCCGGACAACCUUUCUGCAGCCAUUGUGAAUCUGCAGGUUGGGGUCACCAUUUUGUUUGCAAGAGGAAGUACCAUUUUAUAAUUCCUGCGAAAGAACAUUGGGAGGAGCAAUUAGAUUGGGAUCUUGAAGAAAUUCGGUAUCAUAAUCUGUAUGGUUUGAUUCAUUGCAAUGGAUAUGGACAUCUCAUCUGUGUCAAUGGCUUAAAGAACAACUCAAGAUUCUUUUCAGCAGACGACAGUAUGCGCUGUUGGGACUAUCUUUGCACUGUUCUUAAAGCCAGGAGUAUUUCAGCGUGUCAUGCUACGAAAAGAGAAGCCAUAGAACUGAGUUUGUUCCAUGGUAUAGCGCAGGGGACGCCGUGGUUUGGAAAAUGGGGUUAUAAGUGUGUUGGUGGUAAAUGCUCUGAAGUUAAAGAAGGGAAGUACGAUGCAGCACUCGAAUUUCUGAGCUCGUUGAGUCUUGAAAAAUUAGUUAGGGAUUUCAAGAACACAAGAAAUAUGAAGAGGAUCAUAGAUUUAAUAGAGACUUGUAGGAAGUUCAGUGGAAAACCACUGGUCACUCUUAGUGAUUUAUUAAAAUAUAUGCUUGCUACUGAAUCAAGAACGCCGAGUAGGGAUGCUUCUAUUUUUACAAAGACUAACUCGGAAACUAAGGAAAUUCCUAUGAGAUUCGAGACAUUUCUAGGUGUAAUGAUGAGGGAUUGUAGGUGGUCUGCUAAGCGGCUGGAGGAUGUGCUCUUUGUGAUUGUUGAUCUGUUGAAGCAGCAGAAGGAAGAUUACGGUGAAAUGGGGCGUGGCAUGUCUAGGCAAGAACUGAGAGACGAGGCAAGAAAAUCAAUUGGAGAUACUGGUUUGAUUGAUUUUGUGCUCAAGUCAAUCAGAUGUUUUGCAGUGGGGAAUCAAGUCAUUACCCGCGCUGUAAAUCCCUCAUCUAGACUAACCGAGUUCAACAUUUAUGAAUACUCGCCAGAGACCGGCGCGCAUUUAGGCUUAAGCUUGUCUGAGGAUCUAAUGUUCCUUUAUGAGAAUGUGCUCGAAUUGUAUCCUGACACACAUGUUGUCACGAAUAGCACAUUCGUGAAAGAUUGGCCUAUUCAAAGAGGGAUCAUUAACUACUCCAUGGAGUUGCUUUGCAAAGUUCUGCCUACAUUCGAUGAGUUGGAGACAGAGCUGAACCGGCGCCUGCCCCCCGGUGAGAUAGUGGUCGCCAAUCCACAAAUGACUAUUAGCCAUCUUAAAAUGGCGGCGCAAUGGGCUCUGAGGGAUACUUACUGCAUCAUGCAUGACUUUAUGGCCACCCAAAUUGGAGGGCUAAGGAAAAUCGAAGAUGAAGAGGUGUUGAACACUAUAUUCGAGCCUGGCUCUCUGGUUUGGGUUAGAGGGACAGGAUUGGAUUUGAAUACACAUUUGAGGUAUGAAGACAGGGGCAAGAAAACAAGCCCCUGGUGACAUACUUCACUGAUAGGAUCAUCUGCUACAAAAUUUUCUUCGAAAUCUUGGAAAUGUUUAGGAGGAUUUUGUAGCCUGUAUAUGCAAAUCUGCUGGAUUUCAUAGCUCAUUGCAGGAUAAGUGAAGGAAGAAGGAGAAGAAAGCAAUCGGCGCAACGGGGAUUGUGGUAUAACAGUUCUUCAAUUCUCACUGGUUCUUGAUCCAUAAGUUCAGGCAUGACUUUCAUUUGAGUAUUUGUGUUGAUUAAUUUUUUUCUUUUGCAUUUGUGAUGAAUAACUGAUUGGGGAAACUAACCAUUCUUUUACCAUAAAUUGCUCUCCUUAUCUAAUAAAGUGCCUGCCAUCAUCAGUUUGCUCAAGUUCUUGCUUCAAGAUUGUGUAUGUAGUUCUUGAUUUCUUGUUUUUCCCUGCUCUUAUUUUAGAUAUUAAACCAAGGACGGUUAGAUAUAUGCAGGGAAAGUCAAUAAUGAUUUCUGCCUUAUGGAUUUAACUGUUAUCUCUUAGAUAAUAAAGAAAGGAUUUGAGUUUUCAUCUUUAAUUUGAUAAAGAGGAAUUGUUCAAACACAUUCAAUAAUUACUCUUACUCUCGAGAUGAAUACGAGCAUUGUGAUCCGAGGCUUUA